AUGGACGGAAUGAAAGAGCCCAAGCCCCAGUGUGGCGCUAAGAAGGGUGGUCAAUCGGCUGAGUAUGAUGUUGGCCUUCACGUUGCUGGUCUUUUUUUGGUCUUGGCCUUUUCCAUCUUCGGCGCUGGCUUCCCAGUUGUGGCCAAGAAGGUCAAGUGGAUGAAGGUUCCUCCUAAGGUCUUCUUCGCAUGCAAGCAUUUCGGUACAGGCGUGCUCAUCGCGACGGCGUUUGUGCAUCUGCUUCCCACCGCCUUCGGCAAUCUCAUGAACCCGUGCCUCCCGGAUCUCUUCACCGACGACUACCCACCUCUUCCAGGUGCCAUCAUGAUGGGAUCCAUGUUCAUUCUGUUCAGUAUCGAGAUGUGGAUCAAUGCCAAGAUUGGCGGCCAUUCCCACGGAGGACCUACUGGUGAUGUGAUGCACGACCACGGUCACGGAGCCGUCCAGCCUGCCCGGCCUCCUCGUUAUGGCCGCAACAGCUUCGAUGCCGAGGCAGACAGCAUUGACUUUGAGAAGCGAGUCGCACAGCGCGCGUACGACGACGAGAAGUCACGCUUCCCUGCGCCUUACUCGGAGACUGUGUAUGGAGCGCCACCACCCGCCAACACCAACUUGUCCGACUCUGACAUGCCGCCUUGGUUCGUCGUUUUCUACGAGCAGUAUGUGCGCCAGCGUAUGGAGAUGAUGAACAUGAUCCGAACCACCCAGGAGAAGCAGACGUCGUCGCAGGUUGCUGUUACGGAGGUCAAGCAGGAAGAUCCGUUUUAUGAUGCCGAGGGUCAACAGGUUGACCCCGCUGUGUAUCGCAAGAUGUCUCUCAACAUUACCAUGCUUGAAGGUGGUAUCCUGUUCCACUCAGUGUUUGUCGGCAUGACCAUCUCCAUCACUAUUGAUGGUUUCAUCAUUCUGCUCGUCGCUAUCCUGUUCCACCAAAUGUUUGAGGGUCUUGGUCUCGGUUCCCGUAUUGCCGCUGUGCCGUACCCCAAGGGCAGCAUUCGUCCCUGGGUAUUAGUCGUCGCUUUUGGCACCACAGCCCCCAUCGGACAGGCCAUCGGACUUCUCACCCGCAGCAGUUACGAUCCCGACAGUGCGUUCGGUCUCAUCAUCGUCGGUGUAUUCAACGCCAUAUCCUCUGGCUUGCUGCUCUACGCUGCUCUCGUCGAUCUUUUGGCCGAAGAUUUCCUCUCAGAGGAGGCCAACCGCCUUCUUUCCAACAAGCAAAAGAUUACUGCCUUUUGCUACGUUCUCGCCGGAGCUGCGGGCAUGUCAAUUGUCGGUAUCUUCGCCUAA